AUGGAUCUGGGCUUUCUUCGCACUUGCGAAGAGUUCCACAUUCGAUCGCGCAACAUUCCAGCAAAUUCAAAGCUAGCCAAGAAGCUGCUUCUUUGCGGACAGACGAAAAAGCGGCGACUGUGUGGGCAGCAGCAGUCAGCGCUUGGCAUUCAUGGUUCCGUACUUUCUUGCAAGGCAACUCUUGCGCCGAUUCUCAUUUGCGGCAUCCAAGUUGGUGUUUGA